GUGGACUUUCUUGGAUUCUUUUCACCAUCAAGGCUUAGCAUUGUCAACAUCACAAACAAGAACAAGAAUGCGGUAGUAAAGAAAGGACAUUUUGUACCACGCAUAUCAACUAUUACAUACAUAGUGACUCUCUGUCACUCUACAACUUCUCAGCAAAAAUGGCAGACUUCAAUAGGGCAACUUUGAUGGCCAUGUUGCCGGAAUGGUCAUUAACACUCUCGCUAAUCUUUGCUGGAUGUUGUUCGAAUGCAUAUUAUCUAGAACAAGCAACUAGAAUUCAACCUGCAUGCGGUACAUUACUCACUUUUCUUCAAUUCAUCUUUACCACGCUACAAAUGUUGCCAACACAAUUACGAUUUCGAGAUGAAAAGACGGGAAAACGGUACAUUCGUCCUCGCUUCGAAUCACCAAAAAUUCCUCUGAAACGAUGGUCUGCUCAAGUGGCAAUGUAUUUUGGUACAACGAUUCUCAAUAAUACGGCCUUUAGCUUUCACGUUCCCGUUCCUGUUCAUAUAAUCUUUCGAAGUGGUGGUUUGGUUGUAAGCAUGUUGGCAGGAUAUUUUUUGAGAGGAAGACGAUAUACACCUACGCAAAUCGUUUCAGUCUUGCUCGUCACUGCAGGUGUGAUCAUUUCCACUCUGGCUACAACACCUGAAUCGGGAGAUGAUAGCGCUUCUGCUUCUUCUGGACCUUCAGCAACGACGUAUUUCGCUGGGAUUGGACUUUUGACCGCUGCUUUGUUUGUUUCAGCAGUGAUGGGGUUGUAUCAAGAGCAGACAUAUGGCGUCUAUGGCAAACAACACUGGCAAGAAGGGUUAUUCUACAACCACUUCCUCAGCUUGCCCUUAUUCGCUUUGCGUGCCACUUCAAUGCAUUCGCUACUCUCGCCUGGUGCAAUCUAUGAUCUCCGACAAUGGUUCAAUGUUGCUUUCGGAUCAUUUUCAUUUUUGCCCAUUGGCUUUGGAUCGGCAACAUCUUCUUUGCCCUCGAUUGGCAUUAUUAUGCCAAUCUUGAUACCCGCUUUGGCACUAAACGUUCUUACACAGUUGAUUUGUGUAAAUGGAGUAAACAGAUUAACGGCAAUGUGUUCUAGCUUGACGGUCACUCUUGUCUUGGUCGUUCGCAAAGCCGUUUCGUUGGCUAUCAGUGUGCUGAUCAUUGCACCUGCUUUAGGUGAGGAAGUUCACGGGAAAGGGAUGCUUUUCGUUGGUGCAACAUCGGUGCUGAUCGGCACAUUGGGAUACGCCUUGGGCACUGCAUCUACCUCCAAAGACGAAAAGAAGAAAGAGGAAGAUAUAAAGACUGUCAAAACGCAAGCACGAAGUACCGCCAUUUCAGAUCGUAGCAACGGCAAAGCAAAAAGAAGAGGAUAA